AUGACAACGGAAUACUACACGAAAGCUUUAGAACUGGCUAAAGAAAGAGGUGACAAACGGCAAGAAGCAGAGGCAUAUCUGGGGUUAGGAUAUGCUUGCAAAUAUAAUAAUCAAAAUGAUAAAGCAAUUACAUACUAUGAGAAAGCCUGUAAAAUUUCCAAGGAUCGAAACGAUAAAGAGCAGGAAGGUAAGGUUUACCUUGGGUUAGGAGAAGUAUAUGAAUCAAGUAGUCGGUUUCCAAGAGCAAUUGAGCACUACCAGAAAGCUUUGGAAAUCGCAGAAGAACGUGAUGAUAAACUGCAAGUUCUCGAAGCUUCCCUUGGGCUAGGACUUGCCUAUAAAUUAAGUAAUCAGUUUCAACCUGCAAUUUAUCACUAUGAUAAAGCCCUGAAAAUUGCAAAAGAAAAGGGAAAUAAACAGCAGGAAACUGAUGCCCGUUUUG